CGUGAAGGGUUGUUUUUCUACUACGCAGCUGUUGCUCAACAAUAAUGGACAUCAUUUUGUGGAAUUCGUAAGGAUAUGAAGAUUAAAAUGCACGUUAUAUCUCUCAUUAUUCUUCUCUCACGUUAAGGAGGGUCAGACUGGGUGAGCUUAAAGCGCUUAUAUUGAUCCGAGUCAAUAUUUACCUACAGACUAAAGGCAGGUGAAGAGAGAAGUGUAAACAUACUGCGCCCACACUGUAACCAGCAGGACCAAAUGUCAAACAAUAACAACACGAUGUCCAAGAAGAUCCGGACGGAAUACAUGAAGAAGUUCCAGGAUCCAAAGUGGGAGACAUUCUCGAAAUGUUAUGAGGACUCUGUGAAAUACAGACUGACCCGGAGGGUGAUGGAGCAGACUCAUAGACCGUUAUUUGGGAACAGAUGGGACAGUGGGUCCGACUCGAGUGGAAUGUCUAGUCCGAAGAUGCAGGAGGUAAACAACUCAAAUGCCAAACACUAUAAGUCUUCCUCAGAGUCCAAGAACGAGACCGCAGAGGUUCGGAAAUCCUGGAAGCCACAGGUGAAUGGGGAAUUUCACACGGAUACUAGUGCAUCCUUGGAAAGCUCAGCACCGAUAGAAAAUGGCUACAAAGGUGCAAAAACUACUAACGGUCCAUCGGAAUCUGUUCCUAGACACCGUCAAAGACAUCGGGCUCCCCGUUCACAACUGCACUACCCCAAUAGGGACCUGGACAGUGACGAAUCACAUCUACCUGUGUUAAGAAAACCAUCCAGGGCCAACAGCCAACCACCAGGCAACACCAAAGUUCGGACACCCAACCGUGACAACAGACGGUCUUUUACCCGUUAUGAUCUGGCAGAAAGGCAUAUUGAGACCAGGGACAGAAGGACACCAAACAUGAGAGCAUCCAUGUCCGCUGGAGAGAUGCAUCGGGCCGACGUGGGCGUCCAGACUGGAAGAGAGUCCGAGAAACGUGGCAGAGGAUCAGAUCACCGGAGGUCGAGGUCAGCUGACAUUGAGAAGUGCCGUCGAUCAGAACUGAGUGUUGUGGAUGAGCGCUGGACGACCGAGUACAUGCGCUGCUUCUCUGCUCGGCUGAGAUAGACGGCUGAUGUGGGAUCAGUCCAUGUCUUGGUACCUGCGACAGGUAACCGAUCCCAAACCAGCACUGCAGGACGAUUUGUUAAAGUUUGAAGUUGUUCAUAUACAGGGUAAUUCUGUACUUUUUGAGGCUACAGUCACUUUCUCAUGAAUGCAUAGGACCAAACGUUUAUUUACACAUGGGGGUUGUUUUCAAUAUCUUUUCAAGGUCAUUUGACGGCUUAACUUGAUUGGACCAAACUAUUUAUAGAGAGGCGGGUGAUCAGAAUUGUUCUAGAUGUUCCAGCCCGGCUGUGUUUUAUGUGAAGUUGUUUCAUAUGUAAGCUGUACACGUUCUUGCUCUUUUAAUAAUCGUUUUAAAUCACUUAUUCCACUUUUUGCACAAUUUAAAGAUGUUAUCAAUAUUUUAAAGAGUAAGGAGUGCUUUUUCAAAAUACUAAUUCACGGGGUGUCUUUCCCAUGUAUAUAUAGAUAUAUAUAUUAUGUCUGAUCUGCACUUGACACGUGAUAGACACUUUGAAUGAAAUUUUACUCUGCUCAUUAAAGCCCAGGUAUACUUCGUUUUCUGCGUUCCGGAUCAGAUCGCGCCCGGUCGACCGUGUUGACUUUCAGAGUAUCCUGGUAAUCAGAAGGUUGCUGGUUUGAUCCCCACAGCCACCACCAUUGUGUCCUUGAGCAAGGCACUUAACUCCAGGUUGCUCCGCGGGGAUUGUCCCUGUAAUAAGUGCUCUGUAAGUCGCUUUGGAUAAAAGCGUCUGCCAAAUGCAUUAAUGUAAAUGUAAGCAUCCUCUUUGGGCCGUAAGCGAAUACGGCGAUGACCGUGCAUGUGUACGGACGGUGCCGUGCGUGGAGCGAUCAGAAACAUGGACAAACGAAGUAUGCUUUGGCCUUUAGUCUUGAUCUCACUUGGUUUGUACUCUGGACUUUCUUGAAUGAUGUACUCGAAUAUAAUAAUUAUUUUUCAGCACUGUUUACAUUUCGACCGCUGUAUUUGUACGUGAGAACAUGCACAGGUAGAUUUAUUUUUCAUUGCAUUGAAUAAACUAUGUUUGA